GUGGUAAGUGAAUAGAUACGGAGGGAGUAGUAACUAUUUUAAUAUAAAUAAACAAGGUAAAAUGGGAUAAAGGAGAGUAAAUGACAUAAGCUAGAGAUAAAUUACAGGAUUGUACUGAAACACCACUAUUACUAACGUUCAAAUCAGCUAAUUAACUUUGAAUCGGAGUCAAGUUCACCCCUUCUCUAAACAAAAAUGCUCCACGGCUAUGGGAGGGCGGAUCUACUAUGGGGCAGUUCCCACCUCUCAUCCCCACCAACUACGGACCAUCCGCCGUGCGGCCGUGCCGAUUGCUGAAGACUCGAAGUGUUGAAGACCGACCGCCGCUGAGUGCCCGCCUGUCGACUGUGACUCCUAGUCUCCUACCUCCAUGAGUCUUUCACUCUUGCGCUCUGUAUCUCUGAUUUUUUUAAAUCUCUAAUUUCACUCAUAAAUGAGUAAUUGAUAAAUUGACUUAAUUGGGUAAAGUUAAAAGCUUUUAAGGCUGUAAAGAGUAAAAGAGGCAAAGAGCUAAGGGCUGAAGGAGUAAAGGUUAACUUGCUUACUUGAUAAGCCUAAAUUAAAUUACUAUAUACGGCACACAACUCAAGUACUCAAUUAGACAAGCAAUAUUGUCAUCACUCAUCAGAGGCGUAUUUAUCCAUUGAAAAAAAGUGUUAGCUAUUCCAGUGAUGUUAUCACCGAUCAUUUUGCACUUCAAAAUGUGAGAAGAAUAUGUCAAUAGGGUGUUACAAGUACAAGUUCCCGGGUAUUUUGUAUAUGUUGAGGAUUACAGGCUGUCGAGGAUUACACUAUGUGGCGCAUCCAAUUUGAGUCCUUUCUUGUCUCUCAAAAUCUAUUGGGAAAGGUCGCCGGCUCCAUUCAGGUACCCUCUGUUUAUUCCAUAUAUCUCUACAAUCGUCAAAUCCCUAAUCCUCAUUAUUCGUCAUGGUUGCGUAUUGAUCAAACUAUUCGUUCGAUGUUAUUUGCAACUUUAUCACGUGAUGUGCUUAUUGAUGCUCGUGAUUUAAAACAUUGUUUUGGGAUUUGGGAACGAUUAGAAUCGAGAUUUAUGUCUGUCAGUUUAGCCAGGUCUAUGGAAUUAAAACAUAUGUUGAAUACUAUAAAGAAAAAGCCUGAACAAUCUAUGGACAGUUAUUUACGAGAUAUUAAAAUUUUAGUGGAUGAUCUUGCUUGCAUUAAUUUUCUUGUGUAUCAUCUCGAUAUGCUCAAGUCUACCAUUAUGAGGUUGGGCAAGGAUUAUGCCUCCAUGAUCAACAAGUAACAAUGCAGGGGUGCUCCGUUUCAGUUUAAUAACACUACAAGUGCUGUUAUUAGUAAGUCUACUGUGUCCACUUUAACUAUUCAUGUUGUACCUGUUUGUGCUACUCACUCUAAUUCUGCAGGAUUUCUAUCAGAUAGGGGUAUUCUGGGGUAAGCUCCUCCUCCUAUUGUUUGUCAGAUAUGCUUUUCCACGUGUCACUCGGCAAUUGCCUGUCCUUCUCGAUUUUCACAGCCUUCUGCACCCGCACUGAUGACUAAUUCUGAAGAAACUAAUUCUCCUUUGUGGUACCCCGAUUCUGGAGCUUCUGCUCACAUGACGGCCUCUGAAGGACAAAAUCUCGGGGGCACUUCUUCUACAAGCUUCAAGUAGUUGGCCACUCUAUCCUAUCUGUGUGACGUUCUCUCCUUCACUAGCUUUAGCAUCUGUGUCAGCUCCGGGUCCAUUUUGGCAUCGUAGAUUAGGUCACUGCGGUGACAAAAAUUUGCACUUUCUUAGACACAAUAAAUUUCUAUGUAAUAACUCCAGUUUUGUUCAUGACUGUGUUGCUUGCCGUCUAGGAAAGUCACAACGUUUGCCCUUUUCGUAUGUUAACCAUAUGUGUACUUUUCCAUUUCAACUUAUUCAUUCGAAUGUGUGGUAGUCACCUAUUUUAUCAAAUUUGGUUUUUAAAUAUUAUGUCUCGUUUAUCGAUGAUUACUUGCGUUUUACUUUGAUUUAUCCUAUGUGUCGCAAGAGUGAGGUGUUUCAGCACUUUAAAAUUUUAAACUUCUUGUUGAAAAACUUUUUAAUUAGAAAAUUAAAAUUUUUCAAAGUGAUCGGGGUGAUGAGUUUGUUAAUCGUGAAAUGCAGCAGCUUUUUAAAGCUCAGGGAAUUUAUUUUCAAAAAUCUUGUCCGGACACCCCUCAACAGAAUGGGGUAGCUGAGCGAAAGCAUCGUCAUCUACUCGAAUUAACUCGCGCCAUGGUUCUUGAAGCUUCGGUUCCGAGGUAAUUCUGGGUAGAUGCUCUUUAUACCGCUGCAUACAUUAUUAAUAACUUACCAUCUCCUCUCUUAAAUGGUUUGUCUCCCUUUCAAAAACUUUUUAACAAAACACCUGAUUACUCUUUUUUGCGUGUGUUUGGCACCGCGUGCUAUCCCAAUGCCACCUCUUCCAAUAAACUCUCUCCUCGAUCUGUCCGAUGUGUUUUUCUAGGCUAUGCAUCCUGUUACAAGGACUAUCGGUGUUAUGAUCCUAUGACUCGACGGGUCUACAUUAUUCGUCAUGUUAGGUUUCAUGAAUGCAUAUAUCCUCUUACCACAUCUCUCUCAGACAUUCCGUUUUCCAGCUCCCACACUUUCCCAACCACACGGCAUGCCCCAAAUCGCCACCCCCCAACACCUUUAAUUACUCCACCAGCUGUGUCUAAUGAACCAUAACAUUUCUUUUACUGAUAGUGCCUCGUCUACACCUACUAGUCCGACCACACCGACCACUCUGUCACCUUCCUUACAUGACCUUGAUCACUUUAGUCCUUCUUGGUCUACUUCCCCAACAUCGACACCCAGCUCUCUGGCCGAGACCACAUCGGCCGAGCCCACAUCGGCCGAGAUCCCAGACCUUUCUUCUGUGCCCACUACGGUAGUUAAUAUUCACCCCAUGCAGACUCAUGCUAAAAUGGCAUUUUAAACCAAAUCUAUUUUUUCUUUACACACAAAUGUUAUUGACACUGAUCCAUCAUGUUUUUCUGAGGCGAAUAAACAUUUAAAAUGGCGGGAGGCCAUGGUUGAGGAGUUCAAUGCACUUAUUGCUAACCAUACUUGGGAUCUGGUUCCGUUUGACAAUUCUAAGAAUAUACUUGAAUGUAAGUGGGUUUAUAAAACAAAAUAUCAUGCUAAUGGCACAGUGGAGCGCCAUAAAGCUCGGUUGGUCGCUCAAGGUUUUAAUCAACAGGUAGGUGUAGAUUUUUCUGAAACUUUUAACCCAGUCAUUAAACCUACACUGUGCAUAUUGUUCUUACUUUAGCUAUUUUGUUUGGUUGGGUGGUUCGUCAGUUAGAUGUUAAAAAUGCAUUCUUACAUGGUCAUCUCACUGAAGAAGUUUAUAUGCGUCAGUCCCGUGAGGCAUUCAUCCUCAGUUUCCCACUCACACGUGUCGCUUGCGCAAGGCCAUUUAUGGUCUUAAACAAGCACCACGAGCCUGGUUUCAUAGGUUCAGUAGCUUUCUUCUUCAGCAUAAAUUUUCUUGCAGUAAGUCUGAUAAUGCUUUGUUUAUUUUUCGCCAGAAUAAUUCUAUCAUUUUUUUAUUAUUGUAUGUAGAUGAUAUUAUUAUUACUAGAAAUUCUGAGAUUGCUGUAAAUAAUUUUAUCUCUCUUAUCUCUUAUCAUUUUGCUAUGAAAGAUCUCGAUAAUCUUCAUUAUUUUCUGGGCAUAGAGGCCACUCGUACCUCUAAAGGUUUGUUUCUCUCUCAACAAAAAUGUGUCACUGAUUUACUUGCUCGCUUUCAUCUCCAUACUGUUAAGUCUGUUCGUACUCCCCUUGCUUCUCGCACUACAUUGACCCUCACUGAUGGUGAGCCACUGACAGAUGCGACGGAGUAUCACAGCAUGGUAGGUGCAUUACAAUAUUUAACUUUGACACGACCUGAUAUUACUUUUGCAGUACAUCUAGUGUCUCAGUUUAUACAUGCACCCCGUAGUACUCACUUGCUUGCGGUCAAGCGUAUUUUCAGAUAUUUACAGGGUACUCGUGAUCAUGGUCUCUGGCUUCAGACUUCAGCCACUCCCACAUGUGUUUUAGCAUAUUAUGAUGCAGAUUGGGCUUGUUGUCCAGAUAGCUCACGGUCUACUACGGGGUUUGCAAUCUUUCUGGGUCCUAAUCUGAUUUCUUGGAAGUCAAAGAAGCAGCCAACGAUGUCCAAGUCCUCUACCAAAUUAAAGUUGAAUAUAGAGCCAUUGCAUUUACAGUUUAGGGACACGUUGCAUAUUCGGUCCGUACUCUUUGAGCUCGGAUUUCCUAUCACAGUACCAGUUCAUCUCUUGUGUGAUAAUAUCUCUGCUUCCUACCUGACUGCUAAUCCAGUACAACAUGCUCGGAGCAAGCACAUUCAGAUUGACUAACACUUUGUUCGAGCGCGAGUGGCCCAUGGUGAUUUACUAGUUCGAUAUGUUCCUACUCAUCUUCACUUGGCAGAUAUUUUUACUAAGAGUCUCUCUAGUCAACGUUUUCAUUUUUUAAAGGACAACCUGCGUGUUGUAUCUCGUGCAUAGUUUGAGGGGGUGUAAUAGACUAUCGCCAUUUAUGUAUUUUAAACAAUAUUCC